AUGAUUCCUUUCCAGCAGAAGAUUUUGAACUUGGUCAAGUGUUUCCGAAGACAAUGGUCUUUAUUUUCAAACUCUGAAAGGACUACUGUGUCUGGAGCAGACUGCAUGCUGAUGGCCUUGCAACUGUCCAUGGCUGAAGUCAACAAGCAGCACUGCGGAGACUUCACAAUAUCCCUUAGUGAUGUGUUGGAAACGUGGAACUAUUUGUUACAUGACAAACUGGGAUUAUCAUAUGAAAACAUGAAAGAACCUGAAAAUUAUGCUGAUGUAAAAGAAGCCUAUCAUGCCUUCUUGGAAAGGAGCAACAUGUUAGAUCUAAUAGACAUCCAUCAGAAGCACCGUAGUCUUGAACCUGAAGAUGAAAGCAUAGCCCCUGUUCAACUCUUGGAAUUUAUUUCUGGCAUAAUGAAUGUACAAGAAAAUAAUGGUUCUGUUCUUUCUACACCUUCUACACCGGGGAACAGACAGGGCCAGGGGAAUGUGGAGGUUACAAUCCUGGCAAAGAAGUCGGUGUGUUCAUAUUUAAGCCUAUUGGUGAAUUCCAAAGAUGAUCUGGCAUUGGCUCAUAUUCUAAAUGUGCCUGACAGAGGACUUGGUAGAGAAGCCUUCACUAACCUGAAACAUGCCUCACAGAAGAGAAAAAUGUCCAUUUUCCUGAUGGCAACAUCCUUUAUUCGAACCAUAGAACUUGGAGGAAGAGACUAUGCGUCGUCGAUGUACGAUCCUUUAAGACCCCAUGUCAAAGGGCUUUCUGACUUCGUUAACUUUAUUGACAAGCUGCAAGAAAUUGUUGGUGAAACCUUAGAUCCAAGACUUGCAGGGGGGCGAAUUCUGUCAACAGUGAAGAUGCAGUUGAUAAAAGGCCGAAGCAAUGGGGAUCCUUUCUGUCAGGCAGUAGAGGAAGUUGUACAAGAUUUGGAUUUGAAGAUUAAAAAUAUUAUCGAUUCACUACAGGAAGUCUCAACUGCUAGCACCACUGGAGUCAGUCCAGCACGG